AUGUCGUAUCAACUUAAAGGAUAUGUAGAUUUCUGGUGGGAAGCGAAACAGAAAACGAUGAACGAGGAGCAGAUAGCAGCUCUUACUUGGGAGCAGUUUAAAGAAGCUCUUUACGAGAAAUACAUACCCCGAAGUUAUCGAAAGAAGAAAGAGAUGGAGUUUGUAAACUUGAAGCAAGGGAAUAAGACAGUAGCUGAGUAUGACCGACAGUUUUGCGAUUUGGCUCGAUAUGCUCCAUAUCAAGUGGAUACAGAUGAAAAGAUGUCAGAACUAUUUUGCUCCGGACUAAAACAAGAGAUACGAGUCGUUUUAGCGAGUCAGAGUGCGCUAACCUAUGUUGAGGCUUUGAACAGAGCGUUAGACAUGGAACUAGCAAUGCAGCAAGAGAGACCGAGUCAAACUUCGAUGCCACAAUCAAACCCGAAUUUUCAAACGGGAAAUCAGCCUUUUCCUGGACAAGGCCAAAAGGGUAAGAGAAAAUGGGACGACCGGAGCCAAGGUCGCAAGAAGCCGUGGCAGAGUCAGAAUGCGCCACCGCAAUAUCAUAACUGA